CGGGCAUUCCAUCGAACACGUGGGGCUCACCUCGUCAACAGUUUCAUAAUGUAUUCCAACAUUCUGUCCCUCAUUUACGUUUUAUACAUACUUCAUAUUUCGUGUGUUGCCCACGUCAUUGUUAAAGACACAGUUGCCCCAGUUCCAGCUGCCGACACUCAGGAUGGAAGACUGUGGAUAACAGCUGUCCACGACGAAAUAAUUCCAGUCCGUGCUGAUGGUCGGCGUACGGCAGAGGCUCGAAUGACGCCCCUCGUUGGUGUUCUUUGGCAAACAGGCGUUCAUCAGGAAGUGUCACCUAGUCGAGCAGGCAACAGCAGGGAAAAUGGACCUGAACCGACGUCGGUCGCUGUUUCUUUUUGGAAGACGGAGGGAAUAGCUUCAGAACUGUCUAUUCAACGUGCUGAGGAACCUGUACCUACGUACGUCUUGGGAUUACUGUUUCAAAGCGCCGUUCACGAGAAGAUCUCCAAUUCUCAAGGAGUAUAGCAACCGGAUGGUCUUUUAUGUGUCCUUGCGCAAUAGACUGACACUGAUCGAAGAAGCGCUUUAUUCGUGAAGGACAUCGCAGGAGUUGAAAAGCAGCGUUAGAAGGUCCUCACAGCGGGCUUCAGAAAUGAUGUUAAAUGGGAAGAUUUUCGUCCAGUGAAUUUCAACUACUUACCAUUCUGUACAACAUUUCUAAGAGACCAAGAGCGAGUUACCUGCGUGAGCGUCAGCAGCUCGAGACUCGGGAGGCUGUAGAGUUGAAGUUUCGAGAAUUAUACGUCUUACCACUUUGAAGCGCUGUCAU